AUGUCAAAAUGGAGAGGAAAUUAUCCGACCCGAGGAUAUCAUAAAAGAGUGUCACUCAGAGGAAGUAGUGUGGGGAGUAGGGGAAGAGGAACCAGAGCACCAAGAGGGCCAAGAGGCACACAAACAAGAGUAGCAAGAGGUACAAGGGGGCGAGGUGGCGGCAGAGAUUAUGGCCAGACCCCAGAGUACGACGGAUACCAUGGUAGAUCCUACCAACCAUAUGAUAUUUCUCAUGACUACAACUAUCAAGAGACGUCUGAUACUCAGGAAAAUAAUAAUGAAAAAACGGAGGAAAACGAUCCAGCCAACGUUUUUACAACAGUCGAUAAUCUCGAAGAUUCUAAUCAUCCUAGCACUUCAAGUCACUCAAAAACAUAUCCCACUUCAACGGUUCCAAAAAUAGGAUCCAGUGGAUCCGCUGUACCAGUCCAGAGACAUAUAUCAGAGCUAGAUGACUCUCCUGGAAGAUAUCCAGAAUUGAGCCCUGUUAGACCCCCCUUGACUGGUUCAAAAACCGGAUUUCAGUUAUCUCCUCGACAAGACGGAGGUGAUUUAUAUCUUAAAAGGAGUAAGAGUGACAACCAAAUUGACUCACACAAUUCUUCAUCUACAGAAAACCACAAAAGGAAAUUUGUGGAAUCAGUAAAACCGGCCAGAAAUGAGGUGCUCAGUAUGAAAAAAGUGACUAUAGAUAACAUUAUCAGUCCAGCUAAGCUAACCAAUACCUUGUCAUUUAAAAAUCCUGCAUCCACAUCUUUGUCAUUAUCCCCCCGGCUUAUUUCGACCGGUGAGAAAUUAAAUUGUCACGAUCCAUAUAAAACUCCUUCUACAUCAUCUAAGCAAAUAGAAAUAUCUUUCAGAAGUCACAAGCAAGGUUUGCCAAAAAGGGAGUCAGUCUCGCCCAUACGGGAAGCCAUUUUGAUCAAUAAUACUGAACUAAAUAAUGGUCCUAGACGUAUGGAAGGAUCUGAGGCUUCAUGCAAAAUCCAUUCUCUUUCUCCCUCUUGUUUACCUUCUUCGGCUAGUUUAUCCAUACACAGACAAGAAAGUAAUAUUUCCUUUCGAAGCCGUGAAAAAGAGAAUUUGCAAAAAUCAGUGGAUAAUGAGGAAAAGUUCUCUAAGAAAGGGAAAGGAAUAGAAAUACCAAAUGAACAAACUGUAGUUCAAGCUGUCUCACCUAAUUUGGAGCUGAAUAAUGACCAGACUUUGGUAAAUAAUGCCAAGCAGAAUAGUAUAAAUGUUCCAGAUAAGGGUAUAAAUACCGAGAACCAAGUUUCGCCUGUUUUCCCAACUAAGAAUCUUUCAUUCUCUUCCUCUGCAAAUAAAAAUACCUCUGAAGAGACUAAGAUGAAUGGUGUGACCCUGGAUAGUAAUGUAAAAUGUUUCAAUACAACUACUGUCGGUUCUCAGCAUACAACCAAAGGUGACGGCAAAGAAUCAUUAUCUUCUAAACAGUCAUCCUUAUAUUCGGUGAAAGAACAACAUUUCAAUGACAAAAAGAGCGAACCAUUUGUCCAGGAUAAAACAAAGGAAAAGGAUAUUGACACCAAAGAGAGUCGACUUAUUACUAGUGAGGGCCAUAAUAUCAGAAGCAAAUUAAUUAUAAGAGAGCCAAUAAGUAUCCCUAAAAUCGAUAGUUCAAAGCUAGAACUGAAAAUUGUAGAGACUCCUCAAAACCUUUCAGUCGACAGCAAAGAGCAGAAGUUUGAAAAUGGCAUCAUAGCUUCUACCACAUCACAGUCAGCAAACGAAACUAGAAUAGGUAGCGAAGUUGACAUUGUUUCAGGUUCAACAAAUGCAAAGCAAUCCUCUAAAAAAGCAUCAUUUUCAGGGAUGCUGAAAAUGAAUGGCCCACAUUCUGGUUCAACUAAAGAGGAUAUAAAAGAGAUAAAAACCCCAGAAAACCAACCUACAAAGCAAGAUGUUCCUGCGAUAAAUUCGGUCAAUCUCCCUAGAAGUAUCCUCUCAUUUUUGGGAGUAGAUGAUGGUGCUGUCUAUUCCUCGUAUAAAGACAAUGAAUCUGUUAUCAAGACUUUCUCGCUUUUGCAGAAUGAGAACAUACCAUCUUCUCAAGCUAACUUAAAUAUAUUUGAUUUUGAUCAUACGAUGACUUCAACGUUGACUCCAAAUCCAGAAUUGUACACUGAUACCACGCAUUCCUAUCUUUUGGCUUCAAAUGAAAACUGCGUUAGUUGGUACAAUGACGUUCUACCUUCUUUGGAAUUAGAGCCCAAAGUUAUGUUUGGUGGUAUUGCUCCCAGUCAUUGCAAAGGUCAAUACUGUGCCGCACUGGAAGAUGCAAUCGCUGGCCCUGAGUUUGAGAAUCAUGAAUCUCUGAAAACUCUGAACUACCAGUGGUCCAAAACUUUGCUUUAUAUGGUUCGAAAUUUAUGUGCAAGCCAAAUUGCCUCAAAUGUUUUGAUAAUUGAUAGAUAUGUUAAAAAUAUAUCCAAGCUAAAGGCUGAUCUAGAUUCGCUUAAUGAGAUUGGAAUUAAAUUUCAUUACGUGUUAUACAUGCCUUAUAAAAACCAUCCAGAUAAACCCAAAAAUCUUACAUUGAGUUUACUCGAAGAAAUUUAUCAUACCAGGUUUCCUUGGUCUAGGCUGACGAAAACAGUCACAAUUUUUCGUCCUUUCCCAGGUAAUCUAGAUCGCUCAAAAUUGAGCAAGUUUCGUUUCCUUAGCACUCCGGGGCUAGAUUUAAGAGCUGUGUAUACAGCUAAACGUUGUGCUUACGUUAAAGAGCCAUCUACGGAAGUUAAACAUGUUUAUACCGCUGCAUUGAAUGAUAAGCGUUUUAAAUUAACGAUGUCUAUCAGCGGAGCUGUGUUCAGACUUGCAUAUUCAUCUGCAUCAUCUUUGAUAAACUACCUUGAUUCAAUCAAGUUUCUUCCAGUUGAGUCAUCCAGGAGUGAGUAUUUGUUCAACUUCACAGAUGUUUUCAUCACAUAUAAUAAGUUACCUGGAAAAGCAAUAGAAGAUUUAGGCAAUACAUCCCUAUAUGAUGGGGCAAUAUUGCAAUAUGGACAAGCUGGUAAAUCCUUAUAUGUUGUUCAGUUUCUCAUAUCCACUGAAAACGUCAUGUGGGAGUAUGAGGCGCCAAUCAUGAUCGUUGCACGAGAUAGAUCGAUCAGCAUAGCAGCUGCCAAAAAAAUCCUCAAAAAAAUGGACUGGACACUUAGUGACUCUUCACUAAAUCUCAAAUUCACCUUCUUCCCGUCAAGCAAGCUCAAAAUAACACAGACUUAA